CAACCUAAGAACAACUUACAAAGAAAAAACACGCUCUCUCGUUUCUAAUCCCGGCGAACAAGUCAUACCAUCGAAAGUUGAAUAUUCAACGCUUAACCAAGGGUUCAUUAGCUCAACUAGUAAGGAUGAGAGGCAACAAAGCACGGUUGAUAGAGAAGAGAUAGCAACUAAUGUCAGGAAAGCAAAAAGUACAUUUUCCGCAAAAGAUGGAAACAAGGGAACCCAAUCAUUAUGGUUACCUACGAGAGCCUUUCUGGAAUCAAACUGUCCAAUGACCAGAGAUCCAGAGAAAACUAAGAAAGCCGUAAGAGAAUGGCUCAAUAAUAUCAUACGGGAGGCGAAUAACAAAUUGACCAGAGAGCAAAAAAUCAGUAAUUUGGAAAGCACUGAUGACAAUGAAAAGAAAAAAUACUUCGAUGGUGGAAAAAAAAGAGCGAGUUGCUCUCUGAGAGAGACAAUAGCUUCCUUUCAGGAAAAGAUCUCGAAGGAUGAUUCAAAACUUACGGAGCAACACCACGAAACCUCUUCCUCUCGCCUGGGAACAAAAACCAGGAGGCUUGACAGACAGGAGCCAUUUAGAACAGCAGAACAUGCCACAAAAGAAUUUUUUGUUUCCAAGCGAAACUUGGCAACUGAGCAGCAUGCUAUACAACAGGAUGAGGUAACCGCGGUUAGAAAAGACUCAAACCUGGCGACUCAUUAUUCACUUGAUUCCUGUAUUGAACCAUUUGAUUCCCCCUUUCUUACCUGUUUCGACGUCGUGGACGUUUCAACUGCCGACCCUAUUGACUCUGUUGAGCCAUUUAGUGAAGUUUUUCUUCCGUGGUUAGAUUAUACAGACGCUGAAUACCGGACAAACACGGAGGAUUUGCGGCGAAAAGUUAGGAGGGAGGGUCAACAUUCUACACACAAAGCCGGUCUCAACAAAUUCUUCUCAUCAAGCGAUGCAAAGAAAACGAAGCCCAGGGAAUUCAAAAUUGAACAGCUCAUAGGUAUGCGAUAUCGUUCUUUAAACACUUCAUUUCUUCCUCUAACACUUCCGCAUAAACUAUUUUCCUUUGAGGAGUUUCUUGUAGCUCUUGGAUCUGCUUUUGAUAGACUUUUUCGUCAGAGUUCUCAUGCUGUUCCCUCAAAAACCUGUUCAAAAGGAGCUCAAAUGGAGCGAUAUCCCCAGCAAAACACCGAAGAAAGAAAAGAAUUACUCACCCACAAAACUUCCGUUACAACGAAGAAAACAGAUGAAUCAACCUUAAAGCACGAAAGGCCUGAUUCUAUCAGGUACAAGCCCUCCGGUUUUGAACAAUUUGAAAAGGUAAAUCCUGAGUCACUUUAUGCACUACAAGGCUCGUUUGGUGCUGAUAGUCGUCCUGACACUCUUUUGGUGGAUGAAACGGAAUUAAACGACUCACUUGGGUUUUUGAUGAGUCUCUACGAGGUUACACCGCUUUCGGAUGAAUUUAACACUGUUGAGAAAGAUAUUGAGCGUUUACUAGUUAACUUAGAUGCCAAAACUAGAAGCCUUGUUGACUCAAAAAGGGAACAUUCAAGUGCUUUAGAAAAGGUUUUGACGCUUAAACUGGUGGAGAGUAAAGUUAUGGUUGGAAAUAACAAUGGUCUUAUCGACUCUAUAAGUGCAGAGAUUAAGCUUAACAAAGAGAAGUUUGUGAACGAAAUUGAAAGAGGAAACAUUUCCAAUGUGCCUCAGAUUCAUGAAGAAGUGGAAACGUCAGUUACAUAUCCAGUGGUUGAAAAAGGUUCAAGAAUGACAAAAAAGCAACGAUUUGUGCCAGAACAACACACUCGUGUAGAGCUUCCUCAUCGCACAUACGAGCAAGACGAUGAAAGUGACGAGCAAAACAUCGAGGGAAGAAAUGGCUAUGGAACAGAAUUUGUUGAGGAAAAAACGGUCGACGCUGAACACUGGAUUUGUAAUCUUUUUAAAGGGAUCGGCGCUGUAGAAAAAAUGAAUAAGUUGAAAACAAAUGGCACAGAGGAAAGCGAAAAUGUAACAAGGAAAAAAGUUCGUCAAGGUCAGGAAACGGAUUUGAAAGAUUUUUUUCCAAGCUGGUACCUUCCGGAAUCUGUUGAGUUUUUAUCUUCUCUGAACAAAAGAGUCAUUGCAAAUGAGAAAAGAUGGAGGGAUGGUUCACAUGUCGCUCCAAACAACUGUGAAAGAAGAGGAAACGUUCAUUCAGGGAGUGAUAGCACAGGGACCAAAAAGUUCACCGAAACAAUUCCUUUCGGUCAUAAAAGGCAACAAAGAAAAGCCGAGAGAGAUUUUCGUCUUGCCUUAUGGCAAGAAAAGAACGCUCUUUUGCGAGACAAAAACGGCGAUCCAGUCAGCACCAACAACAUCGAUGGUAGCCUUCAGGGAAAGAUUGGAGAGAAGUUUAAAAGGGCCUCUCGCUUCAGAGAGGAGGAAACUUUUAAG